AUGUCUAUUGACCCAAAGUUGUUUCUGUCAAACUUCCUAGCAGUCUCUUUGAUAUUAGGUCUCUUAAUUAUUGGAAAGACACUAGUAGUAACAUUUAUUGGUAGAGUGUUUGGAGUUUCCACCAUAGCUGCUGUUCGGGUUGGUCUUUUGUUUGCACCUGGUGGGGACUUUGAUAGCUAUGUUCCUCCUCCUCUAUUGUUUAGUAGGCAGGCAGAAUACCCAAGUACUACUUACUUCUUGAGCAUCGCCUACAUCAGCCAAAGGCUCUGA